AUGGAGCUCGACCCAAAUCUUUAUACGGUAGCAUGGAUCGCCCCGCUCGAGAUUGAGGCACGAGCAGCCUUGCACAUAUUGGACAACCGCCAUCGAGGGCGAUUUCCGUGGAGGCACGGCUACAACCAUUUAUUUCACGCCGGCGAUAUCAACGAGCAUAAUGUGAUUAUUGCCACAUUACCACAAGGAGAACCAUAUGGCACAGGGUCAGCAGCCGCGCUCGCAGGCGAGAUAAAAACAUUCUUUCCGAACAUACGGUUUGGUCUCUUGGUUGGUAUUGCAGCAGGCCUUCCCAAUCUCUCACGAAUCCCACCCCGUGAUAUCCGCCUGGGCGAUGUUCUUGUGGGACUCCCAGAAGGUGAAAGUGCGGGCCUUUUCGCAUACGAUCUAGGAAAGGUAACAAAGGAUGGAUUUCAACCAUUGCGUUACGGACAUGUAUUAGCUACGACAGAAAAGAUUGUUAGAGCGGCAAUUGGUCAUAUCAAGAUUGAGUCGCCCAAUGACACAGAAAUUUUCUUACCAUUUUAUGAGAGAAUCAAAGACAAGGAGCAUACAAGUGGCACAUUUAUUGAUCCAGGGCAAGACCAAGACUAUCUCUAUGAGGUUGAUCAAGAUGGGACUGAGCGCCUUGUUAAACGAGAGCAGCGGCCCGACUCGAAACGCGUGCGCGUAUGGUACGGACCGAUUGGAUCUGGAGAGAAAUUGAUGAAGGAUGCUGAGCAAAGAAAUGAGUUGCGAAACAAAUAUAAUGUGAUUGGUCUGGAGAUGGAGGCCGCUGGUACCAUGAAUCAAAUCCCAGUUGGCGUCAUCAGAGGGGUUUGUGAUUAUGGAGAUGAAUAUAAAAACAAGGAAUGGCAACCGUACGCUGCGGCCAUGGCAGCAGCUUAUGCUAAAGCAGUCUUGUAUCAGAUCUUACCAAUGAGUAUGCCGGCACAACAUAUAUGUAUAUUUGUGUAA